GUAUCUACACUGUAAUCUUUUUUUUUUUUUAUCUGUCACAUGCUUAAAAUCUGAUUUUUGUAUGUUAUAUUUUUGUGUAUAGUAUAUUUUAUUAAUCAGUUCAUCCGGAAAUCUAUGCCCUUUAAAACCAUGAAGAUGACUGUGGCAUGGAUUUUGCUUGGUGCUGUAGUGUCAACUGUAACAUGCAGUACAAUAAGAAAUGCCUCUGUUACUUAUGACCAGCAAACCGAACAGUUUGUUUUGCAUGACUUCAUAGCAGAUAACUCUGUUGCUUAUGGAAAUUUUAAUGAUGAAAUUUUUAAAACAGGGUGGUCUUAUUUAGAAGUCAAGAGUAAUAAAUUAUUUCCAGACCCAAUUCAAGCUUAUGCAGCUGGUCUUCUUGAAGGAUAUCUAACAGCAGAUUUAUUAAGAAAACAUUGGUCCAAUGUUAUAGCUGACUAUUGUGUGAAUGAAGAAGAAUACUGCCAGCGUUUGCAAGAGUUUCUUCAACAAAAUUUAGAUUUUAUUAACAAAAAUGUUCAGUUCAAAAGACAAUAUGAUAUAUAUUGGCAUCAUGUGGCUCUUACCCUUGAACAACUACAUGGACUUGAGGAUGGAUUUUUCAAUAGAACAAGCGGACCAUCAACUAAUGUAGAUGCCAUGGGCUUAUUAUUGUUAAAUAUUCAGGGUGAUUUAGAAGAUUUGGAAACAGUUUUAAACAAAAAGGUACAGAAAGCAUUUGGUAGUGGCUCCUGUUCUGCUUUAGUGAAAGUUCUUCCAAACAACAAAGAUAUUUAUUUUGCACAGGAUGCAUGGUCUACUUAUAAUACGAUGUUGAGAAUUUUAAAAAAGUACAGUCUUCAGUUUCAUACUUCUAUGGGUGCUGGUUCUCCUAUUGUGCCUGGUCAUACAUAUUCAUUUUCAUCAUAUCCUGGUUUAUUAUUUUCCAUGGAUGAUUUCUACAUUAUUUCUUCGGGUCUUGGUGCAAUGGAAACUACAAUUGGAAAUGGAAAUGCAAGUUUGUGGCAGUACGUAACUCCUGAAACAAUCUUGGAAUGGCAAAGAAGCAUUAUUGCAAAUAGAUUAGCCAAAAAUGGGAAACAAUGGGUUACACUGUUUAGUAUCUUAAACAGUGGGACCUAUAAUAAUCAGUGGAUGAUAUUGGAUCUCAAUAGAUUUCAGCCAGGUAAACCUUUAGAAGAUGGAUUGCUUUGGGUUAUUGAACAGUUACCUGGUUAUUUACACAGUGAAGAUGUCACUGAUGUUUUGAGAAAACAAAGCUAUUGGCCAUCAUAUAACACUGCAUUCUUCAAAGACAUUUUCAAUAUGAGUGGAGGACAAAUAAAUGCAGAAAAAUUUGGUGAUUGGUUUACAUAUGAAAGAACUCCACGUGCUCUAAUAUUUAAGCGUGAUCAAGGCAAAGUUCAAGAUAUUCCAGGCAUGAUCAAGUUAAUGAGAUAUAAUGACUUCACCAAUGACCCUUUGUCUCGAUGUAAUUGUACACCACCAUAUAGUGCUGAAAAUGCUAUUGCUGCUAGAUGUGAUCUCAAUCCUGAAAAUGGAACUUAUCCAUUUGGUGCAUUAGGACAUAGACAGCAUGGUGCUAUAGAUAUGAAGCUGUCAUCUUUUGAAUUGUUCAAAAACUAUGAAUUUGUUGCCUUUGGUGGACCUACCUAUGACAAUCUUCCUCCUUUUCAAUGGAGUAAAUCUGACUUUGAUAAAAAAGUGAAACAUUAUGGUCACCCAGAUUUAUGGAAUUUUAAACCUAUUAUCCAUAAAUGGAUGUAAAUAUGUUUCCCUUCUGUGAUUUGAAGGGCUGUUUGAACAAAUGCUUCAAGAAGCUGGAAUUUUUGUUGAACAAUGCUGUGGAUAAAAAGAUAAUUACACAUGUUUGAUUUCUUUAUUGAGCGUGAUAUUUGUAAUGGCAGCUAUUUUUAGGAUAAAAAUAUUAAAUAUUUUGUUCCUAAAUUUUGAAGCAAUAAUUUAAAAUACUUAAGGAUUGUUUGCCGAUGCAUUGUGAAUUUUUUUAAAGAUUUGAAGGCAAGAAAUAGAUAUUUAUGAUGCUUUAUUGUAUGUAAAAUAUUUAAUUUAAUAAACUAUUUUUGAUUA